AUGAAUCGAACAUGCAUGUCCAUUGCUUAUCUUUUAGAUACUUUGCCAACAGAUCAAAAUACACCACCACCACCACCAAGAAAUAUCCUUACUGAAAUUUCAAAUAUGAAUGAUAAUGCUGGGGUAAACAAUUCUAGUGAGAGUUCAGUGGUAACAAGCAUCAGCAACACAAACCAAAGCGUAACAGUUGGCAGUAGUUAUAAUCCUGAAUCUGAUGACUAUGUCCAUGAUAGAGAAGGGUUCAAAAGAAGAAUUGAAAGAUUGGAUGAAACCUUUGUUGAUUUGACUUCUCGAGAGAAUCCUAGCGAGGAAGAUACGAACAGAAACAUUGGCAAGAAUGGUUCUCCAGUUAAAAAGAAAAUCAAGAGAGAUGAAGAAAUUCUAAACCUUCUUUCACUGCCACCAAAACAAGGAAGCUCUCGAGACUCUUUGGGUUCUCUGAAACUUAAAGAAAGAAAUGUUGCAAAAACUAAGAAAAUAGAAAGUCAGGCUUCUAUUGAAUUCAAAGAGAUAGUGCAAAGCUUGAUAGAAUUGGGAUCAGAAAUCGAUGCUAAGGGUCUUGAUACUCAUCCAGACAUUGACAAAAUACUUGAGAGUUUGAGUGCCAUUCGUAUGGAUUUUCUUCAUAUGUUAACUAAUAAGAAGAACUUAGCGCAAUAA